GCUCCUCGCACUCGGAACUUUCCACGCGCGAUGAUUCACUCUGGGUAUGGGGCAACUUGCGGAAGACAUUCGCCGCUGACUUUUAGUGUAUAUAUAUCUUGUUUCUUUCUCUUUCUUCAAAAGUAUAGUAUCCGUCAUAUAUACACAAUGUCUACCGCUGCUAUGUUCCGUCGCCAGGCCUCUACCAUGAGAGCCCAUACCUUGGCCAGAAUGGCCGUUUCCCAGAGAUCCUUCUCUUAUACUCAACUUUCCUUGGCCAAGAUCAAGGUCAAGAACCCAAUUGUGGAGUUGGACGGUGACGAGAUGACCAGAAUUAUCUGGCAAAUCAUCAAGGACAAGUUGAUAAACCCGUACUUGGAGGUUGACUUGAAGUACUACGACUUGGGGAUCGAGUCGCGUGACCAGACCAACGACAAAAUCACUGUGGAUGCCGCGGAGGCCAUUAAGAAAUACGGUGUCGGUGUCAAGUGUGCCACUAUCACACCAGACGAGCAGCGAGUCGAAGAAUUUGGCUUGAAGCAGAUGUGGAAGUCGCCUAACGGAACUAUCAGAAACAUCUUGAACGGAACCGUCUUUAGAGAGCCGAUUGUGAUUCCCAGAAUCCCAAGAUUAAUUCCAGGCUGGGAAAAGCCAAUUAUUAUUGGAAGACACGCCUUUGGUGACCAGUAUAGAUCCACUGACUUAGUGGUCGAGGGCCCAGGGAAGUUGGAGAUGAUCUACACCCCUACCAACGGCGGUGCUUCAACCACCUUGAACGUGUACGACUUCCAGGGCCCAGGUGUGGCUUUGGCGAUGUACAACACCGAUGAAUCCAUCUACGGCUUUGCUCACUCCUCAUUUAAGUUGGCUUUGUCCAAGAACUUGAAUUUGUUCUUGUCUACCAAGAACACUAUCUUGAAGAAGUACGACGGCAGAUUCAAGGACAUCUUCCAGGAAUUAUAUGACUCCACCUACAAGAGUCAGUUCGAGGCUGCGGGCAUCUGGUACGAGCACCGUUUGAUCGACGAUAUGGUUGCGCAGAUGAUUAAGUCCAAGGGUGGCUACAUCAUGGCCUUGAAGAACUACGACGGUGAUGUGCAGUCUGAUAUUGUUGCGCAAGGCUUCGGGUCCUUGGGGUUGAUGACUUCUGUGUUGAUGACUCCAGAUGGCAAGUCUUUUGAGUCUGAGGCCGCCCACGGCACGGUCACCAGACACUUCAGACAACACCAACAGGGCAAAGAGACUUCUACCAACUCCAUUGCGUCCAUCUUUGCCUGGACCAGGGGUAUUGCCCAGAGAGGGACCUUGGACAAUACUCCGGAGGUUGUCAAAUUUGCUGAGCUCUUGGAAAAGGCCACCUUGGACACCGUCCAGGAAGACGGAAUCAUGACUAAGGACUUGGCUUUGGCUUCUGGUAAGACCGAUAGAUCCUCCUACGUCACUACUACCGAGUUUUUGGACGCCGUUGCCGACAGAUUGAAGGCCCAGGUUAAGGUUUGAGCAAUAUUGCUUGUACAU